CUUUCCUACCCCUGCAUGCAUCACCUCCUUAAUUCUCUCUACUCUUCACGCGGCCUCUUCGGUUUCCCAUCGUGCCGUCUACGUUCUCGACCCUGCCCCCUCUCUCUCCUGCACAGGACCUCCAUUGAUGGAGAGGCGGAUCCAUGGGAAAUCUUGCUGGCCAACCGGAGGGGGAAUACAUGAGCAUCCAUUGGGCGCAUCUUUGUGCCACGGAUCGUCCCCAAUUUUCACGGUUGAGAUCGAGAUCAGAUGAGGAGAUGGGGUCUUGGCGCCAUGGUUUGAAAUCCCCAUCGAAAUUUUGGACGACCUAUAAGAGCUUGCCGCCAUGGUUGCUGUGUUCAUUGUCCCCUUCCUCUAGUCCUUCUUCUGGUUCUUCCUCAAAUCAUGGCGCAGCUGGACCUGAACGAGCCCAUAGACUGGGAUGAUCUUGAUGAUUUCGAUGGGGAGGCUAGGGAACUUGCAGGAGAUUUUUUCUUUGGGAUGGACAGUGACGAAGAUGAUGAUAGCAAUGGCGAUCAGAGACGGCGCAUGUUGGACAUGAAUUCAUCCGCAGGAGGGGGGAACGGUCGAGGACGGCGUACUCUUGGACUCACUGGUCUGCGAUCAGCUCAGAGGUGGAACAUGGAUGAUUCAGGCAGUGGCGGUCUAGGGCGUGGCCCGCUGUACGUGGGCGAGUCGAGCAGUGCUGCAGCUCGCCGUGGCACACAGGCGGGAAUGGAGCACAGUUCGCGGGCGACGGAGCUCGCCGUGGCGCACAGUUCGCGGGCGACGGAAGCUGCGACGGAGCUCGCCGUGGCGCACAGUUCACGGGCGCCUCUAGCGGCAGCGAUACUGGCCAUGAGGGAGGUGACGGCGAGGCUCACCUCGUGCCCUUCCCUCUCUUCGAUGGCGUCUUCAUGUUCACUAGUCCCUCCGUCGCCGCACGAGCCCGUGGGCGUGCUGGGCGCGGAGCUGCUGGACGAGGCGGUCGUGGGCGUGGAGCUGCAGGACGAGGUGACCGUGGACGCGGAGCAGCAGGGCGAGGUGACCGUGGACGCGGAGCUCCUGGGCGCGGAGCAGCAGGACGAGGCGCUCGUGGGCGUGGAGCUCCUGGGAGGGGACGCGGUGGCCGUGGAGGUGCCGAUGGUGGCCAUGACCAGGAGACCGAUGGGCAAGAUCAGGAAGCUGAGCAGAACGGAGGAGAAGAUAGCGAUGCCGUGGGCGCCGCUCGAGGCCGCCGCGCGCGGGGUGCCGGCCGUGCACUUCAGCACGUGCAGCGCCGCCGCCACGGCCUUCUUCGCCCACCGCCUCCAGAACGAGCGCGUCCCCCGCGCGUUGCCGUUCGAGGCCAUCAGCCUCGGCGGCCCCGACGAGGACGCCAAGUACACCGCGCUGCUCGCCAUCCGCUGCGACGGCGGCACCGCGCUCGUGCCCGACCCACCGCGGGUGGAGCUCGGUGCUGGAGUCCAUGGCGGCGGGCGUUCCGAUGGUGGCGAGCCAGAGUUCUCGUUGGCGGACGGGCGGAGCGGCGUCUCGUCGUCGAACACCUUGCGGGCAGUGGGCACGGCGGUAGCUAGGGAGGGAAAGAAGGAGGAGAGGGCUGGGGAGGUACAACAAGCAUGGAAUGAGUACCCAGCUGAGAGGAGCAAUCGUGUCUUCUUGACACAUCAAACGUGGAUGGUGGAGGUCAUGAAGCUUAUGGGAGAGCACCGGUACAAGAUCCCUCACAUGAGGAAGGGGGUUCUAGAGAGAUUACAGAUUCUUCCUCAAGUGCUCCAUGUUGAUCCCGCUAUUGUAAAUGCCGCUAGAGAGUUUAUCAUGUAG